AUGGUCUAUGGAAGAAAGGGGGCUGAGGGAGACGCGGAGAGAGAGAAGAAGAGGAAGAGAGAGAAGAAGAGGAAGAGAGAGAAGAAGAGGAAGAGAGAGAAGAAGAGGAAGAGAGAGAAGAAGAGGAAGAGAGAGAAGAAGAGGAAGAGAGAGAAGAAGAGGAAGAGAGAGAAAGCUAUCUAA